AUGCGUUUUGCGGUGUUUCUUGCCAGCGUUCUGGCGGUGGCUACGGCCAAAACUGACUUCCUGGAGUAUUCUGCCAAUAUGAUCCAGCACAUUAACUCCAUGGACACAACAUGGAAGGCCGGACCCAAUUUCGUGGGCGAGACCCUGGAGUCCGUCAUUGCCCGACUCGGAGUCAAGUACCCGCUGCCAGUGGACAAGAAGCUGCCGUUGUACUUCCACGAGGACGUCAGCGACAUCCCGAUGACUUUCGAUGCGCGCAUGAAAUGGCCGCAGUGCACCACCAUUCCGCUGAUCAGAGACCAAGCAGCCUGCGGCUCUUGCUGGGCUUUUGGUGCAGUCGAGUCCAUGUCGGAUCGUGAGUGUAUUCACAACAUGGUCCAGGUGAACAUCUCGGCUGAGGAACUGAAUGACUGCUGUAUGGAAUGUGGUGACGGAUGUGGUGGGGGAUAUCCCAACGAAGCCUGGAGUUUCUGGAAGACCAACGGCCUAGUCACCGGCGGUCUGUACAAAAGCAAGAGCGGGUGCCAGCCCUACACCAUCCCCAGCUGUGACCACCACGAACCCGGUCACCUUAAGCCGUGCGGUGCCGAAGUCCCUACACCGAAAUGCAUGAAGACCUGCAUACCUGGCUACAGCGUCGCCUUCGACAAGGACCGACACUAUGGAGGGAGUGUGUACACUAUUUCCUCAAAUGUCAUGCAGAUACAGAAAGAGAUCAUGACGAAUGGGCCCGUGGAGGCAGAUUUCACUGUUUACGCCGACUUCCCCACCUACCGAUCAGGUGUAUACCAGCACAACAGUGGAGGAUUUCUGGGAGGACACGCAGUCAAGAUUCUGGGAUGGGGCGUUGAGGGCGGUGUGGACUAUUGGCUGGUUGCCAACUCGUGGAACCCAACCUGGGGUGCCAAUGGCUACUUCAAGAUCAAGCGUGGGGUUGACGAAUGCGGCAUCGAAGAUGACAUCAAUGCCGGCAUACCCAAGAAAAUGUAAACAAGUUUCGAUAUUCCUCUGGAAAAACAACAACAGAGAUUAAGAACUGUAAUUUGCUUGGGAAUUCUUCUUUUAAUAACUGAAAUCAAACUGAAAUCUAGAAAAUUGAAUAAUAUGAUUGUUGAUGGCGGAUGAUAGUCACCAAGUGACAUAUAUAUAUAGUGACCAAAAGGGGCCAAUUUUCAUGGAUUUGUGCUUGAUUUACUGGACGGUAAAUAUUGCUUAGCAGUGAGUUGAAGCUAGUUACUUGCGUGGAAUGAGACUACUUCUCAGUUGAUUUAUGCUAAGCACAUCGGUUCGCUGAGCAAUAUUUACUGCAACAAAAAUGUGGGGAUGGAAUUGUCGGGAUGUUUUAACAUUUUAGCCCCUGUUUUAAUUCCACAUAUGACUCCGCCUUUGUAAUCAAGUUUUAUCACAUCUUUGCAAAAAACUUAAGAAGAUUCAAGCAAUGAACCAUCCUCUGGUACACCAAAUUGAAUGAGUUAAGCACUAUAUCAUUACUAGUUAUAUUCCAACGGCCCAUUCAGUUUUUCUAUACGUAGAACUUCAUUACUGGAGUCAAUAAGCCUUUACCAUCUGAACGAAUGGUGUUAAGGCGCCCCCUGUCUGAACGUUGUCUUCAAAAAUCACUAAAGAACUCGUUCCCAGAUGAUGUUUAAAUCCUUUCCCUUUUCUUCUUGCAUGUAAUCAUUACCAUAGGCCCAAUACUCCCAGUAGGUAUGUGUAACGAUUUUAAUUGGGGAUUUUGGUUGGUGGUGAUCGGUUGGCCAAUAAAAUGCUGAUUAUAAACUUUAAAAAAA